GCGCACCCGAGGCGUUGGAUUCUGUAGCCGGCGAGAUCGAAUUCAUUCCUUUUUUUGAACAAUACACUGUCCGACCACGCAAGUUUUAACUUUAAGUGAACAAUCGAUUAGAAAAUACCCAAACGUGAAUUGUGAUGACAACGACCGUGUGUUUUUUUGUGAUAAAGAUUAUCGAGUGAUGGUUCUUUUUUUUUUGCAUCGCAACUUUUGCAUCUGAGUCCUGAGUUUGGUACGGGUGAAAUUGGUACCGGUAUUGGUCUCGUGGUGUCUGUCGUCUGAUACCAAUUGGUCCAGUCAAGUUCAUUGUCGUGGUUAUCUUGAUUCAAAAACUGGCGAGCGGGUAGGCGGGCGAGUAUGUGCGGUGUCACGUGAUCAAUGGCGACCACGCACCCCCGCUCCCCGCAAGAUGGCCUCCGAAGACGACGCGAUCUCUCCAGGUCGCCGUACGUGACGCUGGGUGCGGUGCGCUACACGGUUCGCCGCGUCCCGCCGCCGCGCGCCUGUCCCUGCCGCUGCUGCUCCGAGGAGGCGGUGGCGGCGUGCCUCGGCCGCGCCAAGCCCGACCGCCGCACGCUGGAGCGCUUCCAGCGCCGCCUGGGCCGCGGCUCGCGCGACGACGCCCGGGCCUCGCGGCACCAGCUGCUGCGCGACCUCACCGAGCGCCUCAAGCCGCGCACGCACUCCGCCACGCCGCCGCCGCCGCCGCCACCGUUGCCGCCGCCACCGCACUCCGCACCCGUGCUGCCGCCGGUGCCGCCGCCGCGCACGCGGCACCGCCACAGCCCCGCGCGCGGCAUCUCCGUCGACCGCUGCGAUGAGUUCGACACCGACAACAUCACUCUAGUCCGCGUCGAACCGCGGUCCAUCGUCGGCUCCUACGCGCAAAAGACAAUACCGUACCGGAGCGCGUCGUUCUCGCAGGGCGAUUUCGCGCAGGAUAAAUAUUAUCGCGGGAAGCAACCUUCCAUUUUCGACUUUGGGAAACGAACAAAGAGAAAAGAGGGGGUUGAAUCGCCACCCGGUCGCGACUAUAGGACGAGUGUUACGGAGGAAAAUGUAACAGAGGGUGGAUCUGUUGCGUCAGUGGACUCCGCUGUAGGUUCAGAUGAAGGACUGAUCGUGCACGCAUCGCCAGCACCUCGUAGCUCGCCCCCGGAUGCGGUGCACAAGCAGCUGAGUGGGCGGUCACUGACACACCCGCUGCCGCGUCGCGUGCCUCCAGUGCGGGAGGAGAGCUCUGUCGAUGGCGGUGGUAGCUUGCCGGCGUUAAUGCCGCCGCGUGUUUUACACGAACUUCGCGAGGAAAGUGACGGUUCACAGGCAGACAGUGCGCAGGCGCAUAGUGAAGGAACUUCACCUUUCGAACCAGCUCAGCCUUUCGCGUUCCCUCCCCUCCCGGACCCACCUUCUAACGCUUGUGUGAAUGUAGACUGUGAAUGUGUUAAAUUUCCGCCCCGUAAGGAAUCCCUAAGUGAUUUAGAAGAAUCGGUCCCUUUACCUGUGCCUGUUUAUGAGUGUAUAGUGAAACAGUGGUCAAACGAUAUUCCAGAAGAAGCGCAGCGUUCGGAUGUAGCAUCGGAUGGAUCUUUAGAUAGAGACAAAGAGGAUGAGACGAUAACGAGUGAGAAGGUUGCAAAUAUAUUAGCAGCAGUUCAGAAUCCUUGCUCACCGGCCCCAAUAACUGUGAGAGAGAGACGAAGGCCGCUUGAUAAGACGAAAAGGAGGAAAGGUAUCUACAUAACAACAGCAAGCGAUGAUGGAGGUGAAGAUGACCCUCCCACUUCAUCAAUAAAUGGAUCGAAACGCGAAAGCAGUGACGUGUCUCUUUCAGAUAUGCGUUUAUCGGCUGAAGCCAGAACGUCUUCCUUACUCGGAGAUAAAUCCGACGAUUCUUUCACGAACGGACCUCCCAGUCCUUGUGAAGGAUCAAUGCCUCUGUGGCCGAGGUCGGAAGAAUUGAGAAAUAGACGGGCGCGAUUUUCUCAUCAAAGUUCAGAUGAAAGAGAAGAAGACACUUGUCGGGUGAGAAGAAAAUAUGGAGUCACUUCUCGUGGGGACUCUCCGUCUGAAGCGGAGAGCGAUUCUUGCUCACGAGAUCGCACUGCAUCACCUUCACCAUAUAGCCCUUCAGAUACGUCAGAUGUUGAACCCAGACGCCAGUUCCAUAGAGGUCCAUUUGGAAGGACUUUAGAAGCGCCUUCAAGUCGAUCUGUUGAAGUGGGCCGGCGGAGUUUUUCUGACGCAACAGUACCUAGUCGAAAGAUAAGCGCCGGUGCACUGUCUAAUGCUAGUUGUAGAUCGAAGGGUCCUACGCACGUUAGAGCUACAUCGUCACCUUCUAAACUUGCGGGGGUGAAGUCCGGCACUGAUUUGCUAGCAGAACUUCUGCGUGGCAGUUCGGAAGCUCUUUCAAACUCCGCGACCUUCGACAACGUGAUACUGACACUUCAUCAACACAACGAUACACGGACGCACGUCGUGGUCGAACUUUAUGAGACUGAAAAGUCUUAUGUAGAGGCUUUGGAGAUUUUAGUUAAGAAAUACCUUCAUCCACUUAAAAGCCCGGAAAAUUCUGGACUCCUCGACGCGUUUGUGGUGGACGAGAUAUUCUACCAGGUGCCGGCCAUUUUGAACGUGCACCAAGUUUUCCUGGAGCAGUUGAGGCGGAGACUGGAACAAUGGGACCUGCAGCAGAAAAUUGGAGAUGUUUUCUUAGAUGUGUUUACGAAACCCACCGUAAUGGACACCUACAUGUCCUUCAUAAACAAUUUGAAGAAAGCGAAAGAAACAAUAAAAUCGUCGGCGGCUUCGAGACCAGCAUUUGCAAAAUUCCUCGACGCCAUGGCAAGGGAUCACAAGGGAAAACUGUCACUAGACAAUCUUCUCAUAAAGCCCGUACAGAAAUUCCCGAGCUACAAACUGCUUAUACAGAGGCUGAUCAAACAUACAGAUCCAUCACAUCCAGACCACAAACUGCUAGUCGAAGCGCAGAAGCAAAUACACGAUCUAUUAGAACUUAUUAACUGUACUGAAAGAGAAAGUCUAGAGCUUGAACAACAGCAGCAAUCUUUAAGAGAACUGGAGCAAAUGAUCGAGGGUCUAUCGAAUUUGGUGACUGCAGAUAGAAUGUUUAUUAGACACGAAAUGGUCACUAUGCCCUCAGCUCAGGGAACUAAUAAAGAUAGAGCUCUAUUCCUGUUUAAUGAUACUCUUUUGAUAACAAGUGUCAAGAGAAGGACAGGAACUAUAAAGAAACCCAUUCCCACUUACCAAAGUAGUAUAGCGAGUCAAAUGGAAGGAAAUAAGUACAAACUUUUGACUAGAAUAUCAUUAGCUGAUUUAGAAAUUGUUAAAGCCAAAGACGAAAAUCUAAGACGAAUAAUGCACGAAGUAGAAACACUAACCGCAGACGUGAAUACCCUUACACAAAUAUCAGAACAUGUAGCUGCAUUACACACUCAACACUUACAUCUGGAGGAAACGGUCAGGGAAAUGUUGCACAAUGUAAAUCGGCAGUUAUCAGAGAGGCAAAAUAGUGAUACGCAAUUAUGCUAUAUGGAAAUAAGUGUAAAUACUUCGAGUGGCCCUGAGAGCCUCACCAUAAUAUUCCCUAAAACCGAAAAGAGGAGUAGUUGGGAGGAACUGAUAAAUGAGACGAAACAAAAACUAUGUGUCUAUGGUCAAGAAAGACCAGCUCCAGAAUUCUUGUCACCAGUUCCGAUACGGAAGACUCGUGCUGGAUUGCAGUUUACCUGCGCUGCUCCAACACUUCCUCCUAAGGGACAGUCUCCUGAUGUUUGGGUUUGCAACAGUGACGGAUACGUCGGUCAAGUUUGCGUUCUCACAUUGUCUCCAAAACCUCAAGUCACUUCUUGCAACGGUGUUUGUAACGCUAGGAUUCUGUGUGUUGCCUGUGUACCACCCGCUCCAGCGCUCACCAGACAACAAACAUUGGAUAUACCAAGUACAAGCUCAUUGAACAUCACCGGAUCAUCAAAACCUGGCAUUAGUAUAUCGAAUCCUGAUGAAAGCUGCAAGAACAUCCGACUAGAUAGUUCAUCAUCAAGUGAUGAUGAGGACGAUGGAUCAUCGACAUCAGAAAAUCAAGACGCCCUUUCCGAACGGAGUCAAGAAUCUGCAAGCCUCCGUCUCCACUCCAGUCUAACCUCCAGCCUUGGCAACCACCGAGCUACCCUCACGCCAAACCACAGCAAGAGUCUUAGCACCCCACACACAGGUCAAAAUAUUCCAGUGCAUCCAGUAAUGAAAUCCAAUUCAAAUCCGGCUGUGGAUAAGCAGGCGAUGGGAAUCACUUCUGGUGAGAUGUUUUUAGGCACGCUCUCAUCACCUGCUAGUCGACAGUCAUCAGAAGACAGUGCGACUUCAGCCAAUCAGCCUACGAUGUGGCUCGGCACUGAAGACGGUUGCAUACACGUAUACAAUUGCUUAGAUAACAUACGAAUUAAGAAAAACAAAAUCAAGUUGCAGCAUAAUUCUGGAGUGCAUUCCAUUGUUUUCGUGGAGGGAAAAGUGUUUGUUGCACUUGGUAAUGGAGAUCUUGUGGUGUACUGUCGAGACAUCGACAGUUCAUGGACGGAGCGCUCAACUAUUCCCGUGGGGACGGGGUCAAGUCCCGUGAGCAGUAUGCUACUGUCAGAGGGCAAGCUAUGGUGUGCCACUCAUUCCUCCAUCAAAAUCAUAAACCCGCAAUCUUUGCAGGUGGACGAAACAUUCCAAAUCAGUUCAGAAACGAAACCCAUCAGUCACAUGGCCGUGGCGGGUGGCUCCAUCUGGUUGUCACUGCACAACGCGGCUCAGCUGCGCUGCUACCACGCCACUAGCCGCGAACAGCUCGCUGAGAUCAACAUCACGCCGCAAGUCACCAAGAUGUUACAUGGUUGCGAUGACAUAAUCCGGCAGCACAAGGCGGCAUGUCUCCGCGUGACGGCUUUACUGGCUCAUCGUGAUACCCUCUGGGUCGGGACUAGCGCCGGAGUGCUCCUGACUGCCCCUCUACACAACUCGCCUAAUGCACGCACUGGCACGUUUACUGUUCCACAAUUGAGUGGUAUCACUUAUGGACACACGGGUCAUGUGCGAUUCCUGACAAUAGUAGAAAACCCCGCACCACAAAAACCCACAGCAAAACCCACACAAAGCUUGAAAACCAAAGCUUUGAGUCGACGAUCUACAAACGCGGAGAAACUACAGAAGCAGACAGAAAGCACACAGUCCAAUAAAGAAACUCUGGUUAUCUCUGGUGGCGAUGGUUACGAGGACUUCAGAAGUUCAUCUAUGACAGAAGACGCUGGCAGAGAGGAUUCGACUAAUCACCUUCUGCUUUGGAGAGUAUGAACGAAUUUCACGGCCUACAGGGGUUUUAAUGCUACACUGAGACAGUUUGUUUCAGUUUUGAACUUCAAAUUAUUGUCAUAUAAAGGCUUCAUCACACAGAUGCGGAGUUCCAGAACUUCGGAUGGUAUUUGACAGCUGGGUGUAAGAAGUUGUGAAUGCAUGUGGUACCUAAAGAUAUGUACCUAUUUAUUGAGUAUGAUAAAAUGACUGCAGAAGUUUGCAGAGAAACGAAGAGUUAGAAAAGCUGUUCUAAGUGAUUAAGAGCAGAUCAAUGCGAUUAAUCCGACUGAGGUUUCGCAUCUGUUUUGAUAGCCUUAAAUGUUUUAGAAAAUGCAUGUGUCUGCUAAAAACUAUUUGAUGAUUAUUUGAUUGUUAAACUGCCUAACGUUUUAUGACAAGUUUCUGUUGACUAUACUUAAGUGAACUCGUAAAUAAUUUAUUUCCAGCUUUUUUUUCAAAAAAAAAUGUUGAUAUUCUUAAUAAUAUAAUAUUUUAAAACUGCUUAAGAUGGUUAAUAAAAUUGUUUGCGCGUUCUAGCAUAGAUAGCGUUUUUAUAUUGAGAUUAUUAAUUAAAGUUUAAGUUAGGGCAUCAAAUGUCCAAAUUAUUAUUAUCAGCAAUUUAUAAAAGAAAAUUUAUAUUGUGUGUCAGUCAAUACCUAUGCAACUUCUAACAUCGUGCAGUAUUACUAAACGUAUCAUUAACUUAUUGGAUUAUUAACGGCCUCAUUUCCUUUGUUUCUAAAAGCUUGAUCACUGUUAAAGUAAGCGAGCAUUAAAAUCUUCUAUCUUUGCUUCAGCACAUUUUAUAAUGACCAAUGCACAUUACAGGGCACUCGUGCCAUACCGACCGCAAUGAUUAGAAAACGUAGACAUUUGCAAUGUUAUUUAGUAUAAUCGAUGAUUAACGUUUUGCAACUUUAACAGCUAGUUUGUUGAUCAACCGUUUAGAAACACGGGCUUUAUAAAGUACGUAAUUUACGUUUUAUAUCACAAAGAAGUAUGUUUUUAGAGAAAUUUAUUACGUGUACCUAUCUAAUCAUAUCAAUAUAAAAUGUCCGUAAAUAUUUUGCUAUAAUAUAAAAUAGUCGUGGCAAUAUUGACUCUAGAGUAAUGGAAAUACAAUUGCUAAUAAAGUGUUUUGUAAGCGGGCUAUAAUAUUGCGAAUUGCUGUAAAACUUGCUGUCCAGUUAGUGUACAAAGGUCACUGUUCAAUCGUGAGCUUUGUAUAGUGACUAUCGGUUGGCAACCUGUUAGAAAAUGUACACAUUACGGCAGAAAUAUAAGUAGUCAUUGCGUACUAGAGACUGCCAAUUAGUGGCCACAGAAAUGCAGAAAUUGUAUUUAAUUAGCUAAAAAUAGAAUAUAAUGCUAAAAUAUACUAGCCCGUUUAUGAGCGCCUCUUUAAUGUAAUAGAUAUACUUUUGAACGAUUCUCUUUAGAUACUAUGUUGCCGUCAUGUAUUUGUAUGAUAACGUACAAAUCGUGUUUCCAUUUUUGGAAAAAUAUAGAUACAGCGGAAUAAAAAAAUAAUGAAACUAUGGUAUUUUCUCGCUGUUCAUAUAAACCUAUAAAUAAUUAUCUCUAGAUUCUAACUUAAUUUAUUUGUAUUACUACUGUACGAAUUAUCGCUCCAUUUUUGGAGAAUUUAAAAUUGUAGACAAAGUAAACUGAAAAGUAAUAGGACUAUAGUAUUUUCUCUGUGUUCACUAUAGAUGUGAAAUAAUAGUUCUCAUUAGAUCUCUUACUAUAUAUUAUGUAUGUAUGUAUGUACCUAAUUAUGAUAAGGUAUAUAGUCAAUGUGAAGCUUUUUAUUAUACAGAGUCGAGGAAAUUUUUGCUCAAAACGAGAUAAUUUCUUUUUUUAUGUUACCUACUGAACAAAAAAAAUUUACACUCCGAGCAAAAUUUUAAAUUGUAUUUAAAUAUAUAUGUGAACGAAGUAGGUGUCUGUAGGAAUGAUGCUAUACAGAUGAAUUAAAAGAAAUUGC